AUAUGCUUUGUUGGCUUCCCCCAAUGAAACUCGGAUUCGCCCCAUCCCUCUCUCCCUCCCUCCCUCUCCUUCCCAAACCUCUAAUGAACAGUAACAUCCAACGCAGGCAAACCAAAUUAAAAAGACGAGAAAAAGAAUUCUUCGAUCGAAUAAUGGAAUCAAUACAGAGCAGAGUGGAGACAUGGAUCAGGGACCAAAGAGCGAAGAUCCUCAAAGUCUCCUGGGGUCCGCUUCAGUGGCGGAUGAGGUGGCAGUGGCCGCCGUGGAACUCCGGCGACAGGGAACAUCGCCAGAAACUCCAAAAAGAGUAUGAGAGACGAAAACGACAGCUGCAAGAGCUUUGCCGAGCCGUCAAAGCCGAUUCCCUCUCGGAUUUGCAGGACAUUCUUUGUUGCAUGGUACUCUCCGAGUGCGUUUACAAGAGACCUGCUACUGAAAUGAUUCGAGCUGUAAACAAAUUUAAGGCUGAUUUUGGAGGACAAAUUGUUUCUCUAGAACGUGUGCAACCUUCUUCGGAUCAUGUUCCACACAGGUAUCUGUUGGCAGAAGCAGGCGAUACACUAUUUGCUUCCUUCAUUGGAACCAAGCAGUAUAAAGAUGUGAUGGCUGAUGCAAACAUACUUCAAGGUGCUAUAUUUCAUGAGGAUGUUAUUGAGGAUAUUGACCGGAUUGAAGUAACUGAAGCUAACAAAGCUGAAAGGCAAAAAGAAAAUGGGGAAAACCAGUUCAAUUCCUUGGAAUCAAAACCUAAGUGGAUUAAAGAUAGGCCUAAACCUGCUGCCCAUCGGGGUUUCUUGGCUCGUGCUAAAGGCAUACCUGCUUUGGAGUUGUACAGACUUGCUCAGAAAAAGAAGCGAAAACUCGUAUUAUGUGGACAUUCGCUUGGUGGAGCAGUGGCAGCAUUGGCUACCCUUGCCAUUUUGAGGGUCAUUGCUGUAUCAUCUUCAUCAAAGGAAAGUGAAAAGGUUCAGGUCAAGUGUAUAACAUUUUCCCAACCUCCAGUCGGCAAUGCUGCUUUAAGAGAUUAUGUUAAUAGAAAAGGAUGGCAGCAUUAUUUCAAGAGUUACUGCAUUCCUGAAGAUCUUGUACCCCGUAUCCUUUCACCCGCUUAUUUUCAUCACUAUAAUGCGCAGAGUUUGUUAAUGUCCUCUGGCAUGACCAGUUCAUCAGCAUCAAAGAAUGAACAAGUGUCACAGAAAGGAAAGGCAGAGAAGGUAAAAGAGAAUGAAGGGGAGCAAUUGGUUAUAGGUGUAGGCCCUGUCCAGGGUCCCUUCUGGAGACUUUCAAAGCUUGUUCCAUUAGAAGGUGUUAGAAGACAAUUUAAAAAAUACAGAGGAAUGCAAGUUGAUCCCAUAGAGCCAUCUUCAGCUGACUCUACAACUGCAUCUUCAAUUGAGGAUGUAGUUGUUGAACCACAGUCUCUUGAAAUUCAAGAGGGUACUGAUGGCAUAUCUCUUAAACCAUUUGCUGAAACUGAUAAUGGUGUAUCAGAUGCGGAAUCUGGAAAGUUAACAGAAAAAAAGAAUGGUAGUGGGGGCAACAAGAGAUGGCGUAGAGUGCCUUCUUUACCUUCAUAUGUACCAUUUGGACAGCUUUAUCUCUUGGGGAAUUCAUCAGUGGAAUCACUCUCAGAUGCAGAGUACUCAAAGUUGACAUCGGUCAGAUCUGUGAUUGUUGAAUUAAGGGAACGAUUUCAAUCUCAUUCAAUGAAGUCAUAUAGAUCUCGAUUUCAAAGAAUUUACGACCUGUGCAUGAAUGAUAAUGCUUCAUCUUUCUUUGGAAUGGAGCAAUUGCAACAGUUUCCACAUUUGCAGCAAUGGCUCGGCCUUGCAGUUGCAGGUGCUGUAGAGCUUGGGCAUAUUGUUGAGUCUCCUAUUAUUCAUACAGCUACUUCCAUUGUUCCUAUUGGGUGGAAUGGCAGUCCCGGCGAGAAGAAUACAGAACCAUUGAAGGUUGAUAUUACUGGAUUCAGGUUGCAUCUAUGCACACUGGUUCAUGCUCAAGUAAAUGGCAGAUGGUGUUCAACUACAGUGGAGUCAUUUCCUUCAGCACCAGCUUACUCAUCUGGUAAUGGAGAACCACCAGAAUUACAAAAAAUCAGAGUCUUAGUAGGAGCUCCUUUGAGGCGACCUCCUAGGCAUCAGAUAGUAGCAGAUUCCUUGGUGCCCAUGUUUCCUUUAAUGGAUUCGGACACUGUUAAUCUCAAUAGAGAACAUAAUAUAGCAUCUUCUCAUCAAGAAAAAUACAUAAGGCCAGAAGGUUUGAGUGAAUUUUUCAUAUUUUGUACUAGUGACUUUACAACUGCAGCCAAGGAGGUUCAUGUUAGAACUCGUAGGGUGCGACUUCUUGGUCUUGAGGGUGCUGGUAAGACCUCUCUUUUCAAGGCAAUACUGGGUCAAGGCAAAUUGAUCACUAUUUCUAAUAUUGAAAAUCUACAAGUAGAAGCUGAUUUUCAAGACGGUAUUGCUGGGGGUUUAUGCUACUCUGAUUCACCUGGAGUAAAUUUGCAGGAGCUGGACACGGAGGCUUCCCGGUUCAAAGAUGAACUAUGGAGGGGAAUCCGUGAUCUUAGUAGGAAGACUGAUUUAAUUGUUCUUGUGCAUAACCUAUCCCAUAAGAUACCUCGGUACAAUCAUCCAGAUGCAUCACAGCAAUACCCAGCCCUUUCACUACUAUUAGAUGAGGCAAAAGCUCUUGGAAUUCCUUGGGUCCUUGCAAUAACAAACAAAUUUUCUGUUAGUGCACAUCAACAGAGAGCUGCAAUAAAUACAGUUGUUCAGGCAUAUCAAUCAUCUCCAAGCGCCACCGAAGUUAUCAAUUCUUGUCCAUAUGUUAUGCCUGGUGCUGCUAGAGCAUCAUUGCCUUGGGGUGUGAUAAGUGAAGAUUCUGAUGGGAGAAUGGGUGUUCAAAAGCUUCUUUCUGCUCCAAUUGACCUUGUUCGCCGGCCAUUCCAAAGGAAAGAUACUGUUUUCCCUGUGGAGGGGGUUACUUCUCUUUGCCAACUUGUCCACCGUGUUCUUCAGAGCCAUGAAGAGUCCUCCCUGGAGGAACUUGCUAGAGAUAGGCUUUCAUUGGAGUUGGCACAAAAGCAUGCUAUGACAGUAAAUGGGACGAAGGAUUCUCAAGCCAAGGCAUCCUCUUUGACAUCUGCAGCUGUAGGUGCCUCUUUUGGGGCUGGUGUGGGUAUUAUCUUGGCUGUUGUCAUGGGUGCAGCAUCUGCAUUGAGGAAACCCUGAGGGAACCUUGGGUAUUUUUCUUUUUUAAUGAUAUUCAAGGCAGAAAGUCCCUUUGAUGUGGAAAUCAGGUGUGUUGUGCUUUCUCCACUAGUGUAAAUAUUUGUUUAUGUUAGUAGAGUGCAUUCUUAGGUGCCGUUAGCGGGUGUCGGGCCAUUUUUUCAUUCUAUCCAAGUAAAUUUAUUAGAACUUCUCAUAUUUGUUUGUUCAACUCAUAGUUCCAUUGUUGAGAAUACAUUGUUAUAUUGAACAGGUGAACAAUGAACUUUCUCGUUCAUGUUCUGCUUUGCUCUGUC